AAGAUGUCAAAUAAGAAAUGUAAAAAUAAAUAAAUAUCUUAAAGCCUUAACAGUUCAGUUGUCAAACAGUUGUCUGAUAAACAACAUAGGUCAUUUUAGCAACCUAGGCUAUUCAAAUUGUGGACUGUUUCAAAGAUUCCCUACGUUUAAUUAUAUGAAAAUACAUGAGGAAUUUUCGAAACUGAACAAUGACAAACCAGCCUAUUCCAAAUUCUACGUUUGUCGAUUUAAACAACACAGGGAAUGCUACUAAUCAUGGCUAUGGAGAAAAUGACUCCGGUGAGUCAGGCUCCGGGGGAGAUCCCUAUUACUACAUCCAACAGGAUUCAUGGGAUUACUACUCGUAUUUGUACCCUCACAAGUACGAAAUCGCAGGAGAAUGGGAAGUUCCACUACGAGGCUAUUUAACAUUUUUCAUAGCUCUAAUAACCAUAUUAACCAACAUUUUGCUGAUCUGUGUUUUCAUCUUCCACAGUACAAGGUCCCCUACCACCAUUGUUUUGACGUCACUGGCAAUAUCAGACUCUAUCAUAUGUUUCACCAAACUACCGGAAGCAAUUUAUUUUAACAUGGCAGAAAACUACAAGAAUCUCUACAUGACUUACGAAUGGUGCAAAGCUAAUCACGUGCUAUACGUUAUUUACCAAAUCUGCAGGAUGACGUCAAAUUGGUUUACAGCUAUGCUGGGCGUGCAACGAUUGCUUGCUGUAGCGUUGCCUUUCAAAUAUAGCAAGUUAUGUAGUAAUGUAGCAACAGCUGUAGAAAUUGCCGCUAUAGCUUUAGUUGCGUUCUUACUGAAUCUCUACGAAGCCUUCGGAAUAUACAUUGCGGAACUUCCAGUUUAUACCAGUUGGCAUUAUAAUGAGUCCUUACCUUCAAGUUGCAUAAGAGAUACUUCUCUUGGUUUGAUCAAAGCUUUUGGCGAUCCUACGAAAUCAAAAAUGAUAUUUUUCAUUUUUUCCGGUCUGCUUUAUCGUGUACUUCCGGUUAUCAUCCUCAUCUUUACCACUGUGACACUGGCCUACUUUUUAUUAAAACGACGGACAAUGGGUGCUGCUGUUGCUCAAAGAAAAGCGCAGAUCCAGAGGAUGACUGGAUUAAUUUCCCUUAUUUUGGUGGUAUUUCUAAUUGCUGAGAUACAAGAUGGCAUUGCUUACUUUAUCUAUGCAGCUGAGCUCUCUCGCAACUCAAAGAGAUCGAUUCUGUCAAAGGAAGACGACAUUAUGUGGGACACCAUUUCCACGCUUCUGUCUUUAAUAAGUUACGCGUGCAAUUUCUGGAUAUUUUUUAUGAUGAGUCAGCAAUUCCGUUCGGCAUUACGGGAUAUAUUUAAGUCUGGAAUCCGUAAAGCGCAUGUCUACUUGAAUCUGGAAGCUUCAGAAGAUGGAAGCAGCUCUAAUGUCCAAAGUACAAGCAUAACGGGCAAAGAUGUUAGAAGUACUCUUGUUUAACCCUUAUAAGCAUGUAAAUGCCUAUACAUCAAUUAUUUAGUUUUCAUUUUACUCUUGUGGAAGGAAAACUAUGGGCCAGUUUUAACGAGCACCACCAUUAUCAAUCCAAAUAAUUUACUCCGAAUUAAGAGUGGCGUAAUUAACAGAGGUCGAUCGAUUUAUAUAUACUCACACAAACUGAGAACAUUGAAACUAAGAUCAUCUUUUGCGAAGCACAAUGUACCUAAAUCAAAAGUCAGAAUUCUUCCCUGAGCAUUGAAU